CGCCGGAAAAGGAGUCUCUUCAGCGGUCUCGGAGAGUCAAGAAAGCCCGUGGAUCGGUCUGUUCUCCUUGGUUUCUAGGCCCGCGCUGUCACUGCUCCAUAAAUAUCUGCCGGGUCAAGCCCGACAGACAUGUCGGCCAGAGCCGGGCGCCCGUUUAAUGAGUGCAGGGUCUCAGCGCAGCGUCGUGGACGAAGACAGGACAUUGUUAAAGCAGCUGGACGCCUUACUGUCUCCACAACACGUGGCUCCGCAACUCACCGUGCUUCGUUGUGAACAUGGCGGAACGGCGGUGCCAUGGCUCAGCGGUGUCGAUACAAUGCGGGACCUGGGGAUUGAAAGCGUUGAAGAAAUUGAAAUCAAGUUCCAGGAGAACCAGAGCAGGAUUGUGUCCUCAGCCAAAUCUUUUCUGACUCAGGCUCUGCUGAACUCUGUGGCCCAGGAGACCAGACCAUCAGUGGGUAUGGACUGGCUCAAAGUGAGGACAGGUGAGAGCAGGACACGGUGGAGCAGUAUUUGGGCUGGAGAGGAGAACUCGAGGCCAGAACAUUUGGCCAAAACUGAGGGCAGGACAGGGACAGAGUUAGUCUGUCCUCAACAACAACUCUGGACAAAGACAAAAGACCGAAGAGUUGCGUUUGUAGGAGAAAACACUGGAGUCAGUGACAACAAUGCCUCACAGUGUCACAAUGACACUGACACCGACGGGGUGCAGAACCCAGAGAGAUCGAUGGCAGAGGAGCUGCUCCAAAUCAGCGGUAGGAUCACUUCAGAGCCGGACAAUGGUUACUCCAGUCUGGAGGACGACCUCAUUCUGAUGAGCCGCCUACUGACGGCCACGCGGGAGGCGAAGCCAUGCCAACUCCGUGAUGAUCAUAACACAAACUUGGAGGAAAAGUGCUGUCAGGGCGAGACGUCUUCGUCAGCAAAUGCAGAUGAAAAAGACGAGCAGGAACAGGAAGAAGGUCCUGCAGAGUUGGUGAGUGUAACAGUGGGCCCCGCCCCUCAGUGUCAGAACAAGGCUAUUGCCUUCAUCAUGGGCUGUCCCUGCAGUGAUGAAGAUGACGACAGCAGCACCCAAUCAGACAACAGUGACUCCAGCGACGAAGACGAAGACGACGACGACGACGGCUUCGACAGCGAGGGCUCGUCUGAGCUGUCCAGCUCUUCGGACGAAGAUGACGAGGACUCAUCUGGUUCCGACAAGGAGCAGGAGUCGGAGGCAGACCGCCUCUGGAACUCUCUGUGCCACAGUCUGGAUCCGUACAACCCCCGGAACUUUACUGCCAUGCAGCAAAGCUCUGGCACGUCGCUGAGAACCAUCUCGACCGCAUCGCAGCCCCGUGCCACGCCGUCCGGCCCGGCCUCCCCUCCAAGCCCGACACCUGCUUGUACUCUUUCCUCCUCCCAGGACAACGUUUCCUCCCCUGCCGCCUCCUUGCAGCCCGGUCAAGACAGCUGGGACGACUCGACGUCGGCGAGUGAGGUGGACGAGUCGGAGAGCCUGCUCCUCUGGACCACCUUCAGUUCCUCAGAUCCCUAUAACCCUCUUCACUUUCAGGCGCCACAAAGAACUUGUAGGCCGGGCAGGACGACUGCUCUCUCUGCCCAGGUCAAAAGGUCCCAACCAGGGCCCACACUGUGCCCCCGCCAUUCCCCGACGACAGCUGGACAGGGGCAGGAGGACAGGCUUGACAGUGGUUUCUCUGAACUGACAGUAUAUGGCGCUUCAACCAAAAAGGUCAGUGUGAAUUUGAGUUAUAGUUUUUGGGACUUACCUGAGAGGACAUAACUAGUUCCUGUCACCAGUGUCC